UCUGAGCAGAGUUAAAGGAGAAAGAGCGAACAGUUCUGAGACUGUGAGUCUCGUAAAGGGCGAGGCUGUUCGCUGCCUUCUCGUUUCGAGGCAUGUGGCGUAUGUGGGCUAGGUGCGCUGCUCUUCUUCCUUGGCAGGUCUCGAGGAGGAACUGCGUCUCGGUCGUCUGGCCAAGGCCCUCUCUCCUCCUCGCUCCUUCUCUCAGCCGAGAGGUUUUAAAAGCCAUGUUCGUCAAGUGUGCCGUGUUUAGUUCCUAUUUUCAUAUUUGGCUCGCGGUGCGGUCUUCGGCACGCACUCAAGACUGGUGACGACGUGCGGCAGUGCUGACAUCGUCCCGCUCCGGAGGAUACCUUUCGAGGACGCGGCAGUUACGGGAUGGUUCGAGCGAGGAGCCGCCGACAGCACGUGGUGCUGUCCUUGCUGAUUCUCGUCUUGAUGGCGGGAAACGUACACGGCUGGGCCACGCUGAAGAAGAUUCUGAUGGCGCGGUUACUUAGCGGGCCUCGGGUGAUUGCCGUUCCUAUUCCCGUACCCACGGGUCACCACCACCCGCCUCCAAGGCCACCACCGCACUAUCACCACCACCACUUGCCACCGCCUCCGCCGCCGCCACCACCGCCGCCCCCACCAAUGCUCCCAGUAGCUGUGCCCAUUCACCAUUACCACUACCCACCGACGAACGUAUGGGACACGCCCAUUCCCAAGUCUCCAGGCGUCACCGAAAUCACCGACCUCUCUCACCUGCACGCCCUGUUCGACACACCCGCCGAUUCACCGGCAAAGUUGACCCAAGAGCACGCGAGUGGUGUCGACGUUGUAGAUUUCAGUGCCGCCGCCGAAGCUCUAGCUUCGGCCAGCGCCGACAAGUCUUCUAAGGCGUCGUCGACGCAGAGUUUGCCGACGUAUUCGGAGCGCGUGGCGACCAAGCGUCCGACUUAUAACCCUUACAGAAGCACGUCCUACUACGCGGCUGAGACUCCCAACAAGUACUACACUUCCUCGGCUUCUUCUCCCUACUCGAGCAAGUCCUACGCGGCCGUCGACUACGAUAGUUACUCCACCAAAGCGCUGUCGAAAUCCACUCGUCCGUCUUACGGACCGAGAUACUUGGAUGAGGCCGACUACCCUGCUUACAUGGCUGCUUUGAGACAAUACAUGAAGGAUCAUCACAUAACGUCCCUGGAGCCCACGUGGAAUCGACAAGCAACGUCUUACUCUCAGACAGAGUCCUCAAAGUGGCCUUCCGUGGAGGCGCCACCUAGUAAAGCAGCCGCCGACUACACCGCGUCGCAAUACAAGGGCUACGGCUGGAUGGCGUACCCGACGCCUUCCUACAACAAAGCCUAUCCUACGCAUUCGUACGACAAAGCGUAUCCAACGCAUUCUUACGACAAGUCGUAUCCUACGCUUUCCAACGACAAAUCAUAUCCUACACAUUCGUAUGACAGAGCCUAUCCUACACAUUCUAACGGCAAAGCGUAUCCUACGCAUUCCUACGACAAAGCAUAUUCGACGCAUUCCUACGGCAAGAAAGAGGAAGACAAAACUAGCGCGACAAAGCAGUACGAAUCCACCGACCCUUUCGACUGGGCCCAGUACGUUGCUUCGGCGUACAAAGCUGCGAGCGAGAAGGCGUCGAGCCAGUCUUCUGCUGCGGCUAGGUACGACACGGUGUCUCAGAGCGCUGACAAUUACGCGGACACUUCGUCGACGACCACAACUGAGUCAUCACCGGGGUCUCCGAAAUACGAAGGUAAUACGAAGCAAGAAAGUCCUUCCACGUUGGCAUCGGUGACUUCGACGACUUCGAAGACUCCAACGGAGCUGCAAGCGUCAGAGCGUCCCGCCACUACAACCUUGUCUUCGGGAAGCCCGAGAUCAAUUAAGAAAACCUAAUGUGUACCCAAAGACUAUGGAAGGAAUGAAUUUAGUAAAGAAUAAUGCUACCGCGAAGCAGCCACGAUGUGUCCAGGUACAGUUCGAAAGAAUUCGCUGUUGGGAAUGUUUUCUUUGAUAGAAAGCUCAGACUGCGUCGAUAGAAGAGUGCGGGGUAGGUUUGUGACUGGCAGGAACUGCAUGCAAUUAGUGACGGGUCAAAUGAUCCGCGCCGACGAAUGCAUGGUUUUAAGGCAGAGGUUGCAAAUAUUGUGACUUUAAAGUCUCAUAGUACGUCUGAAUGAACCAAAGCCGCGAGCGGCAGCUCUCUUGUUAUUUUAUAAGCCAUUAUGUUUUAUUACGCGUAAGUUAUACCCGCAUGUUUUAGCGAUAGAAGUUUCAAGACUGUAUUUUUGUGUACGCUGUUGUUUGUGUCGCAACUGGCUUGACACAGAUUAUUUUUUUCCUUAUGGGUGCUGUCUCCAUUUUCUUUAUUUGAGCAUUUUGUGUGCGGUGCUUUGACACUUGAAUGCAGUAAUUUAGGCUCUCCUGCAGCAAAUCUGUAACAUAAACGCUCCAAAAACAACAACAAAAGACAAACACGGAUUGUGUUGUUAUACAACCACUCAUGCUUUAAAAAAUUUUGCGCGUUCACUUUUGUUUUCUCCAAAAUAGGAAGCGUAAAGCCAAAUUGUAUCAACUUGGGCAUCAGACGCACUUGGGCAAUAGCUGCAUGAACUAUUCGAAAAAAAAGAAGAAAAAAAAAACGUACACUUAGAAUGCUUCCUAGUAUAAGCUCCAAUAUGUUCAUCUUGAAAAUAUGAAGGAUGUUGUCUUCCUGGAAAUGAGCAACAGAAUACCGGCCUAUCCGGCCGCCAUACCAGAAGUCGUUCAAGUCGCUAUGGAAGUUUUUACGUUCGAGUGGCAUAUUAGAUAAACUUUGAUACUUCCAGGCGUUCCCCACACUCUCCAUUUUUUUCGUGCGUUUGAUUUCUCUCCUUGUUAUUCUUUCCUCUCUUAUGUCACCCUUUCUCCCAGUGUAGGGUAGCAAAUCUGAAGCUUCUCUUCCGGUUAACCUCCGUGCCUUUCGCGUCCCAUUUUUCUCUCUUCCUCUUUCAUCUUGGCACUGUCUAACCAUAGUCAUUGUCAUAUGUAGGGGCAUUUCCUAUUCUUACCAGAACUUUUCAUAUCAGUCCAAUCAGCGCAAAACAUAGUGAAGCGUAACAGAACGCAGAAGCAAUACGUGGGAUGGUCGCGUGUUGUGACUAAUCAGGAAGCACAGAAGAAAAGACAAAGGGGGCAGGCCUUCGUCUCUUACUUUUUUGUCUCCCUUACUGUAUUGUCUGUUCUUGUCGUGGAUAUACGAGAGACAAAUAAGAGAUGAAGUUUAGUUGGUAAAGCACAUCUGCUUACCCCCUUCGUGUUUAAUUCUGCGCUUUCAGUUCCAAGCCACACAUCGUUCAGCACAACUUCUUGCGCAAAACCUCGGACGCCAGGUAGCAGCCAUUAGAUGAGUUUAUGCGCGGUGCACAGGCGUACAGUGACCCAUGCCGACGUAUACGUAUGUUUUGUUAGCGCCCCAACAACUUUUUCCACCAGUCUAAGUGCGGUCAUGAAGCGGUAUAGAUGAACGAUCUGUUUAUCUUCACAACGUGUCAUCAUUUUUUUUUUCAUUUUUAUACCAGUUUCGUCUCAAUAAACACUCGUGUG